UCGGGCGCAUUUGAAUUUCACGACACAGCAUUCCACCGCACCCUUUACCAUCGAACUGAGGAUUUCCGGAGUUCUUUCUUGUGUAUGCAGAAUCAUAUAGGUACCAACAAAUGAGCAACUAAGCGACGGACACCUCUUUUUCGUGCCAUAUAAGCGACAAUCGCGUCGUCCCAUCCUCAUCACCCUUUCGACGACGCGACUACCUACAUCAUGGCCUCACCUCCCGUGGUUGGGUCGCCAACGGCCAUCUCCCCGCCGUAUCCAUCCCCCGCACAGUUGCCGAACAAAAAGCGAACCUCGAAUUUCGACGGCCAUGGCCAGCAAAUCAAACGCAGAAAGGCGUCGAUAGCCUCGCAGUCCUCGGGGCUGGCGCAUCCGCUCCGACAAACCUCGUUCCCUCCUGAAGCGCGAUCCCCCUUUGCACGCUCGCCGUCUGUCGAUACGAUGUCGCAUGUUAGUGGCAGCGCCGUAAGCGAAGCGGCCAGCGGUGUUACAAAGGGAAAAAAGAAGACCAAGUCGAAAUCAAAGAAGAAGGGCGACGGAUCGAAAGAAGCAACGCCGAGCGCCGUUGGUGGCAAAUCUGGCACCAGCAUCGUAGGACAAGCAGGAGACAAGGAUGCCGAGGACGAAGAAGACGAUGACAAGGCUGAGAUGGCGGUGGAGGAUGUCGUUGCCAGAACGCAGGAACAGAAGCAGGAGGAGAUCCGACUGAGGGCUAUGCUUGUGGAGGCAUUCGACCCCGAACAAUAUAACCGCUACGAGUUGUGGCGAGCAGCCAAGCUGUCUGAUGCCGUUGUCAAAAGAGUGGUGAAUGCGACAGUAUCCCAGUCCGUCCCGCAAAUGGUUAGCACCGCUGUAAAGGCGGUAGCCAAGAUUUUUGCGGGCGAACUCAUCGAGCAAGCGCGAGAGAUCCAGGAUGAGUGGAUAUAUGCGGGCGAGGAGCAGGUAAAGCAACCAGAAGGACCGCGGCCUGCGGAUGACGACAAGGGCUUAGAGGACUACGUUCGGGACGAGCGAGCCUGGGCACUGGCCGAGCGAGACAAGGAAGAGGGCAAGAAGACACGAAGCGGCCCUCUGCGACCAGAUCACCUACGAGAAGCCUGGCGUCGUUACAAGCUUACGACAGAGGCACGAGGCGUGGGGAUGCAGCAACUCUGGCAAACGCAGCAGCACACGGGCGUAGAGCGCUUCUCGACGAAAACCAGGAAGAGAAUGUUUAAAUAGGACAGAAGCAGGUGAAUACUGCCGGCUACGAUCGCCGUUUGAGCUGGAGGACGGGAACAUAUUUGCUUUUAUGGCGUUUGCAUCAAACAGGAGCGAUGGGAAUUCAUGACAACUUUUGCAGAGCCUACAGUUGGGCUUUUUACUUUACUUUACUUGUAUACUACGGUGCUAAUAGGAAGAAGAGUAAUUACAAUUUCUUACGUACCUUUUCAUGUAUUCUCAUUGUCUAAUUUUCUCUAUCCGUGUAUACAUCUAUGUGUACGUACAUCCCUUGCU